UCCCGGUGUCUCCCUUGCUUUCACAACAACAAAGAAACGAAGCCAAGCGAGAGUAUUACGUCUCUUCACUUCCGUGUCCGUUAUCUUGGCCUGUGGACAGAAGAACAAUUUUAGCUGUUGUUUCCUGAAUACUGGACCCAUCCUGCUUCCUGUAGUAUCUUUGCCACAACCUACAACGGAUUGUACACAAUCAUCAUGGCGACGCAGGAUGGAAGUGAAGAAGUCAUAAUGGAAACUGAGGCAAAACCAAAAGAAGCUGAAUCACUAGGUGAAGAUGUUGAAAAAGGUGGUGCAGAAGCGACGUCUCACACAGAUGCAGGAAACUCCACAACUCAGGACUCUAAUAUUAGCAAUGGGGAUGAUACAGAGGACAAGGAAACAGUGGACUUGAAGAUCAUUUGGAACAAAAAUAAAUAUGAUCUGAAAAUUCCUGUUGAUAGCACCGGAGCCAAACUAAAAGAGAGCAUUCACUCACUCACUGGUCUUCCACCGGCAAUGCAAAAAGUGAUGUAUAAAGGAUUGCUUCCAGAGGACAAGACGCUACGUGAAAUAAAGAUUACAAAUGGUGCAAAAAUAAUGGUAGUAGGAUCUACAAUAAAUGAUGUAUUAGCUGUAAAUACACCCAAAGAAGUCAUCCAGCAGGAAGUUAAAGCUGAAGAAAACAAGAAGGAGCCUUUAUGCAGGCAAAAGCAACAUAGGAAAGUUUUGGACAAAGGUAAACCUGAUGACAUCAUGCCAGCUAUUAAAGGAACAAAGGAACGAUUACCAACAGUGCCUUUAUCCGGAAUGUAUAACAAAUCCGGAGGAAAAGUUAGACUCACAUUCAAGCUGGAGCAAGAUCAGUUGUGGAUUGGAACAAAAGAGAGGACGGAGAAAGUCCCAAUGGGCUCCAUUAAAAACAUAGUGUCUGAACCCAUCGAAGGCCAUGAGGACUAUCACAUGAUGGCUUUUCAGCUGGGUCCAACGGAAGCUUCGCAGUAUUGGGUCUACUGGGUGCCUGCACAGUUUGUCGAUGCAAUCAAAGACACAGUCCUUGGAAAAUGGCAGUAUUUCUAAUGUGCCUCUUUUUUGACAAUGAUGAACUGGGAUUGAGAGGAGAUGAUAACAUGAAACUGGAGUCAGCAGUGUCAGCAGUUUAAGGAACCUCUUGGAGUGUAUUCCAAGGACACUGACGGAUGCCUGUGGACUAAUCAUAUUCUUUUUAGGUUUAAAGUGCACUAUGUGGCAGCAUAACAUUUCUCAGCCCUGUUGAUCAUUCAAGGUUUUCAGCAAAUCCAAGGGAAAACAAUUACAAAAAAAAUGUACAGAAAUUGCUAACACUUUUCUUCAGUUAUUCUUAAAGAAAUAAAAAAAAAAUAUUUAAUGAAUUGAAUGUGCCAGAUCAUUGCUGUCUGUCUUCUCCAUUCAGUAUUAAAUCCACGCAAACUU